AUGCGUACGCCACUCCCCUUCCACGUCACCGGUGGCCAGCUGGCUGUGGGGCAAGGAGUGGUCAUACAUGCGCGAGAAGGGACUUUGCUCACAAAGCUAGAAUUACUAUAUAUUCACCCGAAAAAUCAGCGUACAACCGAUGUGGGACUAAACGCGCGUCACACUUUCCUCAGAAGAGGCAGGCGACCGGCGUGGGUUCGAAUCCUCCUAGAGUCAAAAUUCAUAUAUUUUUAUCUGAUUAUCACGACUUUCCUGUAGAUCACCAGUGAAGGAUUAAGCAACGAGAAUCGCUGGAUCAUCGGCGAAAAUCUCGUCAACGCGAUUUGCGGAGAAUUGCUACUAAAAUUGCUAAAUGAUUCGCGAUAAAAGGAUCGCAAAUCCAUCGAGUAAAUCAUCUCCGAUUGAUCGACGAACAAGCCGUCGUCGGGAAGAGGACGAUCCGCCAGGGGACCAGUCGCCACCUCUUGAGAGCGUACCAGAUGCGAUGAAGAGCCUCCUCUUGCUGCGCGGACCUGAGGAUGAAGCUCCCUGAAACGCGCCCCACCUCCAUCCAGCACCUCUCCGUCGGGUGACAGCCACCAGAGAGCCGCAAAGUCGCUGUUUUUCCGCUCCGCCGGGUGACAGCCGCUGGAGAUGAUUCGACGACUCACUUCAUUGAUCUCUAGACUUUGCGAAAAGAUCUAGAGAUUGCCCACGUCGUCUUUGUCCAAGGAGAGCCUUCGAGGCUGUGGACAUUGCACGACGAUCCUCUUGAAUGCUCAGGAUUCCGGUGCAUCGCCGACGCAUCGCCGUCGCGACGCCGGAACUCUGUUUUCCUACUUUCAGUUUAAUUUACGCUUUAUUUAGUGAUACUUUGUGUGAUUUUAAUUUACCAAACUAUACUUCGUUCAAUUACGAUUCUUCCGACUUUUACAGAUCUUAAUUUGAUUAAUUAAGUCGUCUGUAAUCACUUACGUAAGAAUCGCUGAUGUCAUCCUAACGUUUGCACCCUUAUUUCCUUUUUUUUCGUGAAUUUUAAAUAUAUUUCCUUUUUAUUUCCUAGUAUAAAAUUCGUAAGAAAAUCGUAUUCAUUGAGAAAAAUUCUGAAUAAGUACCAGAUAUUAUAUUACAUCCCUGUGACUGACCUAGAAAAUUACCGCUAUUUUUGGAAUUUUUAUUGAAUUAUAAUUAAUAUAUUUAUUUUGAAAUACUUCUAAAUAUCCAAAAAUUUGUAUUUUUUAGUUUUAUAAAUUUAAUAUUUACGUGAUUUAAUAUACAACGACUGAGUCAUGUCACUGCGCAACAAGAGGAGGCUCUUCAUUGCAUCUGAUAUGCUCUCAGGAGGUGGCGACUCAUCUUUCGAUGGAUCGUUCUCUUCUCGACGACAACUUGUUCGUCGAUCAAUUAGAGAUGAUUUACUCAAUGGAUUCAUGAUCCUUUUAUCACGAAUCAUUCAGCAAUUUUAGUAGCAAUGCUUUGCAAAUCACGUUGAUGAGAUUUUCGUCGAUGAUCCAACGAUUCUCGUUGCUUAAUCUUGUACUGACGAUUUACAGGAAAGUCAUGAUAAUCAGAUAAAAAUAUGUGACUUUUGACUCUAAGAGGAUUUGAACCCGUGUUGUUUGCUUGCCUUUUCUGGGGAAGGUGAUGUAGGUUUAGUCUCAUAUCAGUUGUGCACUGAUGUUUCGAGCGAAUAUAUACUAAUGUUUUCAUUUUUAAGCAAGUCCCUUCUCUCGUGUGUACGACCACUCCUUGCCCCACAGCCGGCUGGCCACCGGUGACGUGGAAGGGGAGUGGCGCACAUGUGCCCCUAUCGGUCCAAGCUGCUCGAGCCCCUACUCACGGCUACUCCCCGACUGAGCUUCCGACUUGCUUGUGGGCUUGGCUGGCAGGCAGGUCCCUCUCAUUUUGUUUUUUUUAUUUUUUAUUUCUCUUUCUUCAUUUAUCUCAAAAGCAAGACUGUAAAAAUCAUAUAAAUUCGUGUAAAAUCACAUAAUUAUCCAAAAAUUCAUAUUAAUCAAUUACAAAACUAUUUUUCACAUUUAACACAAAUAUAAGUCUAUUUAUCAUGAUUUAAGGCUAAAACUAUAUUAUUUACUAAUUAUUAACUUAUGAUAGUGAAGACUUAUCACAACACAUGUGAUGAAGUCUCAUGUAUAUUUUAAAAAAAUAAAUUCACCAAUGAGAUUUGAGCGAGGCACUUGAGCACUGUGAAGAUAGAAGCAUUAGGAUGAAAAAUGUCUGAAAUAUGUAUAAUGCUAGACAUGAGACUCAAAUUCAAGAGGUAAGCUACUUAAAAAUAAGAAAAGGGUGACCAAAAUAUUCAAACUAGAGUAUGGGUAAACUUUGAGUUCAAAAGUAAUCUAGUGACAAUGUGGAAAUCUAGUUUGAUAAUAAGAGUAAAAGUAUAUGAAUAGUGACUAUAAUAAAACUCAAACUUAGAUCCUACAUUGUAUUUGAGUUGGACCACUUGCAUAGAGAAAAGAAGAAGUGGAGAAAUCUUUGUUAUGUAACUUGUAUGGUGACACAUCAUAAUUUUAUAUGGAAAAAGUGACAGGAAAAAGUGAUCAACUUCAACUGAACUUCAAAAGUAAAAUCAUCUAUCAAAAUGCCAUGAAUCUCCAAAAAGCACCUUCAAUGAUCAUCCGUGAAAUACUUAUUUAUUUAUAAGCAUAGAAGAACUCAAGGAAAGUCUUGUGUACCCUAGAUGGUAACAUGUCAUUAGACUUCAUGGAAAAAAAAUAAUCUCAAAAACAUUAUCUUAGUUUGACCAUGAAGACAAAGAUGUCAAUUGAUUAAUUAAGGAUCUCAGUUCAGGAUAUCAAGGAUGACAUAACUAUGAGCCAAAAGAUCUGAGUUGAAGUAUGAUCAAAGGUUAAAAAUAAUAUUCUAGAUGAUAAUUCGUCAGUAAAAGAUGUCGACUAAAGAUAAGCCAGAUGAUCUCUUCAAAGUAAGACCUUGAAAGAAGAAAUGUUCAUCAGUCAGUUAGAAAUAUCCAGACUAGAUAUCAUAGACAACCGUUACUAGAGAAGAAAGUAUGGAAGUAAAAACUAGUUGAAGGCACUAAAGUUCUCUCAAAACAGUAAGAAGUUUUCAAAUUGAUAUGACCAUUUUCAGGCUCUGAAAAUAUAGAGAUACAAUAGAGUACAAGAAGGAAGAAUUGAGAAGAGUUAUAGAUUCGCACUUAACAAAAAAAUCUUCAUCCACAUCACUCACACAAGCUUGAGAAGAAAUUCUAAAUCUUUUACGACAAAGCGAGUGCACAUCUCAAAGAAGAAUCCAAAGCUUUAUCCUAUUUAAUAAUUUUUGACAUUCAAAAAUCAAAUAACUGCCUUUCAACAAUCCAUGACGAAGGAGAAAAUUGAUGAAAAAGGAAAUCGAUGAAAGAAGGAAAGGAAACUGUCCCAUAAACUACCUAUAUUUACCCCUUCACAUUUUCAUCCAAAUCACCUCAAUUUCUCACAAAAAGAGAGUCCAAAUAAAGUAUAUGUCUUGUGAAGAUCUUUCUUGGUUUGAGUCAUGUUCAUCUCAAAACAUUUCAAGCUUCUUAAAGAAAUCUGCUCUUUCCCAUUCUUCUCACUCCAAAAACAUAUAUUUGGAGUCCAUCUUUCUCUCUUUUCACCCCAUGAAGUAUAGUGAAAUUCUCAUCCUCUUUUCUAUCCUUUAACAAAUUACAAUUGGAGGAUUAUCUUCCUUGGGAUCCGAUGCAUCUUGGUGAACACCAUCGUGCAAUGUAAAGCUUGCUCAAACUAUGGUGGGUGAUGGACACUACGACAACAAGAGAACAAUUGUCUCGAGGAUCAAUCAUUUUCAUUUUACUUGUGGAUGUAUGUGUGGUAUCUCCAUGAGUAAAAUUAAGGUUUAUCUUACCAUUUUCUCUUAUUACUUUUUAUUUUAUGUAUGUUGAUGAUCAAUUCAUUAAAUAAUUUAACUAUACCUUGAUAAAGAUUUAAGUCUUGACUUGAAAUCUUAAUUCAAUCAUUGUCCAGUGGAAACUUAAUCCUUGAUUCCUCUUCCAAUAAUAAUUCUCUUUGUAUUUUCAUUGUGAAAGUGCCUCGUCAUGAUAUCUUUAUGAAACUAAGUAUUUUGAUCUAAUCAUCUCGUCUUUUAUUUCAUUCUUCUUGCUUAUACCAUUUACAACAAUUAAUUCGAAUUUUUAAUUGUCCUUGUGAUUGAGCCAAAUAUUUACCAAUAUAUCAUAUAAUAUUCCUAUGUUAAUUUCUGAUUAAUAAAUUUAAAUUUUGUCCAUCUAAGCUUUGAUGAUAAUGAUAGAUUGUGGAGACCACAUGUGAUUUAAUAUGAAUUUAUGAUCAUAUGUAUGAAUCACAUGUUAUCACCCUGCCUCUUAGUACUUAGCCACUUUGAACCUAAUAAACAGUUCACAAAUAUGAUUUUACUUUUCCUCUCAAUGUCAUCCUCACUCACAUACUUCACUAUUUCCAUAUAGGGACCUCUAAAAAAGAGUUAAUUAAUAGUUCUUGAUAACAUACUAAUUAUUCAAUAAAAAGGACAUGAACUAUCAUCUUUCUAUGAGUUUAGAAUGUAUAAUUUAUAAUGUUAUCAUACUAGCAUUGCAUAUUUCCUAUUUCCACACAAUUACAAAAAGAGUCCUAUUUUAUAAAAUUGUUUCGAAUUUUUAUAUAAUCAUUUAGUCUAGUUUUGGCUUUCCACAAAUCAAAAGGGUUGAUUUCAGAAUUCUUGUGAUUUUUUCUAGAUAUUUCUAGUGCUUUUAUGAUAUUUCUCGAGUGUGUGUAUCAGAUUUAAUUAGAUCUAAGAGGAGGAUGGAAGGAGUCUACACAUGGCAUACUUGGAUUUGAGAGAUCAAAAAACAAAAAUGAGAUGAAUGGUGGAUCAGGGUAUUCUAACUGCCAGCCCUUAAAUCAUGGCUAAGUAGUUCGAAAAGCUAUCAAUGGUUUGGAUUUGAAAGGAUAAUGUGGGUGGAAAAGAAGGAAAGCUUGUAAUCUAAUCUAGAAGGGAAGAAUGAGUAGAGAUGUCUUCCUUGAGUUUGACUUGUAUGCAAAGCGUGCAUCGAUUGUAAGACUCUCCAUCUUUUCUCUUGGCUUGAUAAAGAUCGAGUUGGCUGUCCUUGUGUUGAGGGUUUUCCUUAGAUCAAGUCCCUUAUCUUCUGCUCAAUGAAGUAGCUUGAUCUUGAUGACUAAUAAUGUUUUAUUAUCAUGAGUUAGUAAUUAAUUAAUAAUAUAUUUUAGGUCUUAACUUAUGAUAAAUAGACUUAUAUUUAUGUUAAAUUAUGAAAAGUAGCUUUUAGUUGGUUAAUGUGAAUUUUUAGCAAGUUAUGUAAUUUGGUGUGAAUUUAUAUAAUUUUUAUAAUCAUAUUUUUGAGAUAAAUAAAGAAAAGAAAAUAAAAUAAAAAUAUAAACAAAGAGGAGGGACCCACCAACUAGUUGGGUGAUGUGACUCAGUCUUUGUAUAUUAAAUCACGCAAAUAUAAAAUUUAUAAAACUAGAAAAUACAAAUUUUUGGAUAUUUAGAAGUAUUUCUAAAUAAAUAUAUCAAUUAUAAUUCAAUAAAAAUUCCAAAAAUAGCAGUAAUUUUCCAAGUCGAUCACAGGGAUGUAAUAUAAUAUCUGGUAAUUAUUCAGAAUUUUUCUCAAUGAAUACGAUUUUCUUAUGAAUUUUAUACUAGGAAAUAAAAAGGAAAUAUAUUUAAAAUUCACGAAAAAAAAGGAAAUAAGGGUGCAGAUGUUAGGAUGAUGUCAUCACCUUGCGAACGCGAAUCAGACAGAAAUAGAGUUUCGCCCGACAAUUCUUACAUAAGCGAUUACAGAUGACUUAAUUAAUCAAAUUAAGAUCUGUAAAAACCAGAAUAAUUGUAAUUGAACGUAUAAUUUGGUAAAUUAAAAUCACACAAAGUAUCACUAAAUGAAACGUAAAUUAAAUUGAAAGUAGGGAAACAGAGUUCCGGCAUCGCGACGGCGAUGCAUCGACGAUGCACCGGAAUCCUAAGCGUUCAGGAGGAUCGUCGUGUAGUGUCCACGGCCUCGAAGGCUCUCCUUGGACAAAGAUGACGUGGGCAAUCUCUAGAUCUUCUCGCGAAGUCUAGAGAUCAAUGAAGUGGGUUGUCGAAUCGUCUCUGGCGGUUGUUACUCGACAGAGCAGAAAAAUGGUGACUUUACGGCUCUUCGACGACUGUCACCCGACGGAGAAGAGCUAGAUGGAGGUGGGGCGCGUGCCAGCGAGCUUCAUCCUCAGGUCCGCGCAACAAGAGGAGGCUCUUCAUCGCAUCUAGUACACUCUCAAGAGGUGGCGACUGGUCUCCCGGCAGAUCGUCCUCUUCUCGACGACGGCUUGUUCGUUGAUCAAUCGGAGAUGAUUUACUCGAUGAAUUCGCGAUCCUUUUAUCGCGAAUCAUUCAGUAAUUUUAGUAGCAAUGCUCUAUGAAUCGCGUUGACAAGAUUUUUGCAGAUGAUCCAACGAUUCUCGUUGCUUAAUCCUUCACCGGCAAUCUGCAGGAAAGUUGCGAUAAUCAGAUAAAAAUAUAUGAAUUUUGACUCUGGAAGGAUUCGAACCCGCGCUGGUCGCCCGCCUGUGAGGAAGGUGUCACGCGGGUUUAGUCCCACAUUGGUUGUGCGUUGAUUUUUCGGCGAAUAUAUAGUAAUGUUAACUUUGUAAGAAAGUCAUUUCUCUCGUGUGUAUGACCACUCUUUGCCCCACAGUCAGUUGGCCACUGGUGACGUGGAAGGGGAGUGGCGCACACGUGCCCCUAACAGUCCAAGUUAAGCCACUCGAGCCCCUGCGCGCGGCUACUCCCUGACUGCGCUUCCGACCCGCUUGCGAGCCUGGCUAGCCAACAGGUCCCCCCAUUUUGUAAUAUUUUUUAUUUUUAUUUCUUGUUCUUUAUUUAUCUCAAAAGUAAGACUGUAAAAAUCAUAUAAAAUCACAUAAUUACCCAAAAAUUCACGUUAAUCAAUUGAAAACCAAAAAUCAUUCUUUAACACAAAUAUAAGUCUAUUUUUCAUGAGUUAAGGCUAAAAUUAUAUUAUUUACUAAUUAUUAACUCAUGAUAAUGAAGACUUAUCAUUGGGCCUACAAGUGGAUUGGAAGCACUAUUAGGUAGAGCUGUGAGGAGGGGCUCAAGUGGCUAAGGAUUGAUAGGGGACAUGUGUGGGUCACUCCCCUUCCAUAUCAUCAAUGGCCAAGUGGACGUGGGAUGAAGAAUGGUUGUACACACACGAGAGAGAGACUUAUUGAUGAAAAAGUCUUGUAUUACUAUAUAUGUGUCUCAAAACUUAAAAAAUAAUUGUUGUGAGACUAAAUUAGCAUCACAACUUCUUGGAAGGUUUACAAUAAUUUUAAUACUUAUAAUUCCCAUUAUUUAUGAGAAUGAGAUAUCUUUAUGAGAUCCCUUUACAAGGGUAUUUACGUACUUAUUUCACUUAUCUCUCAUGUAGGUGGAUGACUAAUAAAUAUUCGAAUACCACUAAAACCAAAACUUAUAUUUUUUAUCUAAUUUAAUUGUAAUUAUUUUAUAGAGUCCCAGUCAACAACUUAGUCACAAGAAUUAUUCAAUUAUUGAUAAAAAUCUCAUCAACACAAUUUGCAAAAUAUUGUUACUAAAAUUGUCAAAGGACUAUAGAUAAAAAGAUUAUGAAUCUAUCGAGUAAAUUAUCUUCAAUUAAUUGAUAAAUAAGUCAUUGUCGGAAAGAGAAUGAUAUGUUAGGAAACUAGUUGCCACCUCUUGCGAGCAUACUAUAUGAAAUGAAGAGCCUCAUCAUGUUGUGUGGACUUGAGGAUGAAGCUCCCUAAGAUGUCUCUCACCUCCAUCUAACUUAUCUUCAUUGGGUGACAGCCACGAGAGAUCUAAAUUAUCUAAAAGUGACAAUUACGAGAGACAAUUUGUCGACCCACCUCAUUGAUUUCUAAACUUUGCAUGAAGAUCUAGAGACUACUUGGGUCUUCCUUCUCCAAAAAAAGUUUUUGAGGUAAUAGAUAUUACAUGACAGUCUUCUCGAACAUACAGAAUUUUGAUGAUCAUUGUCACAUUGUCAGAAUUCUACUUUUCUAUUUUAAACUUAAUAUUUUACUUAAUUUAGUGAGAUUUUGUGUGAUUUCUAAUUUUAAAAAUCUUCUUCAUUUAGUUUUGAUUUUUCUAGCUUUUAGAUAUCUUAAUUUGAUCAAGUAAAUUAUCUAUAAUUAUUUACAAAAAGGGACCAGAUGAAAUUAUAUUGCUACCUAAUUCACAUUCAUCUAAGUGCUAACGUCAUCUUGACAUUCAACCUGAAUUUUCCUUUUUGUGAAUUUUAAAAAUACUUAAUCUUCAUCACUUAUUCUAAAAAAUAGAAAGACUCAUUCUUUUGAAAAAAAUUCUAGAAUCUUAUGUCACUAUGAUAGAGAUGAAAAUUUCUCACUAUUUUUAAAGUUUAUAAAAAUAUAAAAAAGAUAAUUUCUUAUUUUAUAAAUUUUAAAUUUACAUGAUUUAUUAUAUAAUGAUUAGGUUACAUUAGAUCUCACAUAUAAUAUUAGAUUCAUUUUCAAGAGGGUCAUUCAAGCUAACAAGAGGAUUCAUCUCUAUAAGUGGACCCAUGAGGAGGAAGAGGAGGAUGGAGAUGAAGCCAUGUCUCCCACACACCCCUUGAUAAGUCUUCAUUAUCAUGAAUUAAUAAUUAAUUAAUAAUAUAUUUUUAAUCUUAACUCAUGAUAAAUAGACUUAUAUUUGUGUUAAAUUAUGAAAAGUAAUUUUUAGUUGGUUAAUGUGAAUUUUUGAUUAAUUAUGUGAUUUUAUGUGAAUUUAUAUAAUUCUUAAUAUAUUGUUGGAGAUAAAAAAAAUAUAAAAAGGGGGGAACCUACCGGCCAGCUGGACCUACAAGCAAAUUGGAAGCAUAGUCGGGCAAAGCCAUGAGCAGUGGGCUCGAGUGACUAAGGAUGCAUGAUAAGGGGGACAAAUGUGCAUCGUUCCCCUUCCACGUCACUAGUGGCCAAUUGGGCGUGGGGCAAGGAGUAGUGAGACACACACAUAUGAGAGAGAGGCUUAUUGACUGUUAAAUGUUAUGUUAUUAUAUAUAGACUACAAAACUGGUAAAAUAAAUGAUGUGGGAUUAAGUUGGCUUCCUGAAGAUUUUUAAUGAUUUUAAUACCUAAAAUACCCAUUAUUUAUAAAAAUUAGAUAUCCUAAUAACGUCACUUUAUAAGGGUAUUACAAUACUUAUUUCACUCUCUCUCAUAUAAGUAGGCGACUAACAAGGGUUCAAAUCUUACUAGAGUUGAAACUCAUAUUUUUGGUAGAUGAAGUUAUGAUUUUCUUAUAAAUUGCUGGUGAAAGAGUAAACCAUUAGAAUCAGUUAAUCAUUAGCAAAAAUUUAAUCAACAUAAUUUGUGAAGCAUCGUUACUAAAAUUGUUGAUUGAUUUUAGAUAAAAAGAUCACAAAUUCAUUGAGUAAAUCAUCUUCGAUUAAUUGACAAAUAAGUCAUUAUUAGAAAAAAGAUGAUUCGCCAAGAGAGGAGUCAUUACCUCUUAAGAGUGUACUAGAUGUGAUGAAGACCCUCUUUUUACUAUAUAGAUCUGAGGAUGAAGCCCUUUAAGAUGCACACUACCUUCAUCCAACUCAUCUCAAUUAGGUGAUAGUUGUCAAAGAAUUGUAAAGUUAUCAUUUUUCCACUCUACUAGGUGAUAGCCCCUGAAGAUGAUUUGACAACCUACUUUUGUUGAUUUCUAAACUUUACAAGAAGAUCUAGAAAUUACCUAAGUCGUCUAUGUUGAAAGAGAGCCUUAGAGGCCAUGGACAUUGUAUGAUGUUCCUUUCAAACACAGAAUUUCGAUGAUCCUUAUUGUAAAAUCAGAACUUUAUCUUCCUUACUUUUAACUUAAUUUAGUGGUACUUUGUGUGAUUUUAAAUUUUAGAUGUGACUUAGUCAUUGUAUAGUAAACCAAAGCUAUGCUCUCUCAAUAGAGAUCCUUUAUCUUGAAAUAAAAUAAUGUCCACGACCAUCUUGGGAGAAGGUAAAAAGGUGGUCAACCCUUGCACGUUGAUGUGACUUAGUCAUUGUAUAGUAAAUUAUGCAAAUUUAAAAUUUAUAAAACUAGAAAAUAUCAAUUUUCAAAUAUUUAGAAGUAUUUCUAAACAAAUAUAUCAAUUAUAAUUCAAUAAAACUUUCAAAAAUAGUGGUAAUUUUCUAGACUAAUGACAAGGAUGGAAUAUAAUAUUAGGUAAUUUUCAUAAUUUUACUCAAAAAAUAUAAUUUUUUAUAAAUUUUACACUAUGAAAUGAAAAUAAAAUAUAUUUAAAAUUGACAAAAAAGGAAAAUAAGGGUGUGGAUGUUAGGAUGAUAUCAAUGCCUAACAAAUAUGAAUUGGACAGAAAUAGAAUUCCAUUUGAUGAUUCUUACAUAAGUGAUUAUAGAUGAUUUAAUUGAUCAAAUUAAGAUCUGUGAAAGUUGAAAGAAUUGUAAUUGAAUAAAGUAUAAUUUGGUAAAUUUAAAUCACACAAAUUAUCACUAAAUAAAGAAAAAAUUAGGUUGAAAGUAGAAAAAUAGAAUUAUGGUGUCACGACAGCGAUGCGUUACUGAUGCAUCAGAAUCUUGAGCAUUUGAGAGGAUUGUUCAUAUCUUGAUUAUCAUAAGUUGAUAAUUAGUAAAUAAUAUAGUUUUAGCCUUAACUCAUGAUAAAUAAACUGAUAAUUAUGUUAAAAAGUGAAAAGAGUUUUUAAUUGAUUAACAUAAAUUUUUGGGUAAUUCUAUGAUUUUAUAUGAUUUUAUAUGAUUUUCAUAGUCUUACUUUUGAGAUAAAUGAAGAAAAAGAAAUAAAAAUAAAAAUAAGACAAAAUGGGGAGAACCUGCUAGCUAGCCAGGCUUGCAAGCGGGUUGGAAGUGCAGUUGGAAAGUGCCUUUGAGUAGGGGCUCGAGUGGCUUGGACUGAUAGGGGCACGUGUGCACCACUCCCCUUCCAUGUCACCGAUAGCCAGUCGGCUGUGGGGCAAGGAGUGGUCGUACACGCUCGAGAAAGGGACUUGCCUUCAAAUGUAAUAUUACUAUAUAUUCAUCUGAAACUUUGACGCGCAAUCAAUGUGGGACUAAACCUACGUCACACCUUCCCUAGAAAGGGGUGGGUAACUGGCAUGGGUUCGAAUCCUCCUAGAAUCAAAACUCAUAUUUUUUAUUUGAUUAUCACGACUUUCUUACAGAUCGCCGUUGAAGGAUUAAGCAACCAGAAUCACUGGAUCAUUGACAAAAAUCUCGUUAACAUGAUUCAUGGAGCAUUAUUACUAAAAUUGUUGAACGAUUUGUGAUAAAAGGAUCGCGAAUCCAUUGAGUAAAGCAUCUUUGAUUGAUUGACGAACAAGCUGUCGUCAAGAAGAAGAUGAUCCGUUGAGAGACAAGUGGCCACCUCUUGAGAGUGUAUCGGAUGGGAUGAAAAGCCUCCUCUUGCUGUGGGGACUUGAGGAUGAAGCUCCUAGACGUGCGCCCCACCUCCAUCUAACUCAUCUCCAAUAGGUGACAGCCACUAAAGAGCCGCAAAGUCGCCAUUUUUCUAUUCUACUGGGUGACAGCUACUAGAGAUGAUUCGAUGACCCAUUUCAUUGAUCUCUAGACUUUACAAGAAGAUCUAGAGAUUGCACACAUCAUCCUUGUCCAAGGAGAGCCUUCGAGGCUGUGGACACUACAUGAUGAACAUUUAGGGUUCCGGUGCAUCGCCGAUGCAUUGCCACUGCGAUAUCGAAACUUUGUUUUCCUACUUUCAACUUAAUUUUCACUUCAUUUAGUGAUAAUUUGUGUGUUUUAAAUUUACCAAGAUAUACUUCAUUCAAUUAUGAUUCUUCUGGCUUUUAGAGAUCUUAAUUUGAUCAAUUAAAUUGUUUGUAAUCACUUACGUAAGAAUUGCCAGGUAGAACUCUAUUUCUACCAGAUUUGUGUUCACCGGGCACUGACAUCAUCUUGACAUCUACAUCCUUAUUUUCUUUUUUCGUGAAUUUCAAAUAUAUUUUAUUUUCAUUUCCUAGUAUAAAAUUUAUAAAAAAUAGUAUUCUUUGAGAAAAAUUAUAAAUAAUUAUUUGAUAUUAUAUUACAUUCUUGUGAUUGACUAAGAAAAUUAUCACUAUUUUUGAAAGUUCUAUUGAAUUAUACUUGAUAUAUUUGUUCAAAAAUACUUCUAAAUAUUAAAAAAUUCAUUUUUUUUAGUUUUAUAAAUUUUAAAUUUAUGUGAUUUACUAUACAAUAACUAAGUCACGUCAAUCAUCGUGUAAUAUCCACAGCCUUGAAGGCUCUCCUCGAACAAGGAUGACGUGGGCAAUCUCUAGAUCUCCUUAUGAAGUCUAGAGAUCAAUGAAAUAGGUUAUCGAAUCAUCUCUAGCGGCUAUCACCUAGCAAAGUGGAAAAAUAGCGACUUUGUAGCUUUCUAGUGGAUGUCACCUGAUGAAAAGGAGCUGAAUGGAGGCGGGGCACAUGUUAGGGUGUUUCAUCCUUAGGUCCACAUAGGAGGAGGCUUUUUAUUACAUCUAGUAUGCUCUCAGGAGAUGGUGACUCGUCUCUUGACGGAUCAUCCUCUUCCUAA